AGAACAAAGAGUUUCCUGAUUAGAAUCAGCUUACUUUACCAUGGCCAGCUUCAUCGAAUCUGAUUCUGACAGAAAAGCUUUCAUUGAUCGCUUCGAAAACUAUCUCUUCGAUUGCGAUGGUGUGAUCUGGCACGGCGAUCAGCUUAUUCCUGGUGUCAAAGACGUUUUGGCUUAUCUCCGUGGUCGCGGGAAACGGUUGUUCUUCGUCACUAACAAUGCCACCAAAAGUCGGGAGAGUUUCAAGUCGAAAUUUGAUAGGUUGGGUAUUGAGGCCGAUUUAGACGAGAUUUUUGGUUCAGCAUACGCUACGGCUCUAUACCUUAAGCGUAUUUUGAAAUUUCCUGAACAUAAAAAGGUUUACGUCAUUGGGGAAAAGGGAGUUGAGGAUGAACUAGCGAGCGAAAACAUCAGGUAUUGCGGCGGCACGGAUCCGGCCGAUAACGAGUUUCUUGAGUUGAUGGAUUUUUCGUCUGUCACCACUGAUAAAGAGGUUGGUGCUGUCCUUUGUGGAUUUGAUAUGCACAUCAAUUACAAGAAAUUGGCCAAGGCACAUCGUUACCUGAUCGAAAAUGAGGAUUGUCAUUUCAUCCUCACCAAUGACGAUUCUACGUUUCCGACAGAUGGCUCCAUAUUUCCAGGGUCUGGGGCCAUCUCAGCUCCUCUGCGUUACGCUGUUGCAGGAAAGAAGACCCCUAUUGUAGUCGGGAAACCUAAUCAGCCCAUGUUGGAUUGCAUCUUGGAUAAACAUCAUCUUGAUCGUUCAAAGACUUGUAUGAUAGGUGAUCGGCUCGACACAGAUAUUCUUUUUGGUAUCAACGGCCAACUCUCUACUCUCUUGGUUCUGACAGGGGUAGUGAAGAAGGCAGAAAUCGAACAAGCUGAUGCUAAGAUCAUCCCGGAAUUCGUGAUUGAUAGCCUAGGAGACUUUGCUCCACUAGCAUCUGCUUGAGAUGUGGUGGUACCGCAAAUAUCGUACUCUCAUCCAGAGUCAAAUCUAUACAAGCUGGCAUCCAUUGGUCACCAUUUCCUCAUCAUAUAAUCCGAACCCCCACUCCCCAAGAUUCCCGCUUCGAAUGUCGCAAAUUAGAUGGGUAUACGGCAUGCAUAUCUUAUAUACAUACAGACGGGCCCUGCCUUGCAUUGUAAUGCUAUGUGGUCCUAUGU